AUGUCUGUUAGCGCAAGGCAUUUUAGGAUCGGACUUACUACGAAGUACACGCGUUUGGCGGUCGGCUCCAGGGGCCUGCCAAACGCAGUCCGCCCUUUGGCCCUGAAUCGGCAACCCGUGCCCAUCCGCCGUUACUCAAGCAUUCCGCCUGAAAACGAGACAACGUCUGCGCAGGAGAAGCAGAUUUCUUCAGACACUUUCUCAGAGAGUGCAAAGAAGACCUCAACGACGCCUGCAGCCGAGACCUCAGCGACGGAUGAAAGGAAAUCUCCAUCAGCAGAGCCUGUGAACAAGACAUCUUCGACAGAGGCCAACGGAAACACAUUGGGAGAUGGAGACGGUACAGCGUGUAUUAAUGGAAAGGAGAAUUUGACGGCGACCACAAACGAGGCCUCCACAACCGAUUCAGAGACAGCUGACAGGAAGACCAAUGCGGAGUUCGAUUCAAUACCGAAGAAUGCUGCGAGACGAUUUGUUUCAGUGCGCUUAGGUCCUCUUGGAUCAAAUGUGACUCGUUACGGGGAGUUUGGACCGUUUUUCCUCAGGGAAAAUUGCCAGUGUCCAUUGUGCCUCCAUCCAGAGACGAAGCAAAGAUCCGUGGAUACUUUCUCGAUACACCCUGCGGUCAAUGCUAAAGACAUCAUAUACGGUCCUAACGUCGUUGAAGUACUCUUCUCUGAUGAACAUAAGGGACUAUAUCCAUAUUCAUGGUUAAAUAGUCAUGUCAACCUCACCACCGAGAGGAAAACAUUCUCUGCGCCGUUCAAGUUCAGAGAAUUCUCAUCCUACAAUCCUGAUCAAGACUCUUACCCUGAAGUCGAGUACUCCAAAGUUAUGUCUGACGACGCCGCGUUGUUAGCAUGGCUUGAUGAGAUUUACAAAUGGGGUUUCUGUUUUGUGAAAGGAGUCCCUGUGGAUCCUGAAUCAACCAAGGCACUUCUCGAGCGGAUUGCCUUUAUCAGACACACUCAUUACGGCGGUUUCUGGGACUUUACAUCGGACUUGACCUUCAAGGAUACUGCCUACACCACGGAAUUCCUAGGCGCGCAUACAGACAACACAUAUUUCACUGACCCGGCUAGACUUCAACUCUUCCACCUUUUGUCGCACACAGAUGGCCAUGGCGGGGCCAGCUUGCUUGUAGACGGUUUCAAGGCUGCCUCCAUCAUGCGACAAGAAAAUCCAAAACACUGCGGAGUCCUUGCCGCUACCAAACAACCAUACCACUCAAGUGGAAAUGAGGACGUAUGCAUACAACCCGCAGAGCAGGCCCCUGUCUUCAAAAUUCAUCCCGAGUUGAGCCGACUGUACCAAGUUCGAUGGAACAACUACGAUCGAGCAGCGAAACGAAACUGGGGAUUGAAGGAGCAGAACCGAUGGUAUAACGCAGCACGCCAUUUUAACAAUAUUAUCCAGCGCCCGGGCGUAGAAAUAUGGACACAGCUUCAGCCCGGAACUGCCCUCAUUUUCGACAACUGGAGAAUGCUUCAUGGUCGUUCCGAGUUCACUGGCAAGCGGCGGAUGUGUGGUGGAUAUAUCAACAACGACGACUUCAUCUCACGUUAUCGGCUUCUGAAAUAUGGAAGAGAAAAGGUUAUCGACAAUCUGGGUAACCUUGCUUACUUUAAGGGUAAUCCCAAUCUGCUGCUGUAA